AAUUUCCUUUCUCAUUGGAUAAAAAGAAAUUAAAGAGAUCAAAUUUUCAAGAGGCAAGAGAGCAAAGUAAGAAAAACAUUUCUUCAAUGGGUGCUCUUGGAACUAUUGCUAAGAGUUUGAAUGGGCUAAUCGGCCCUGGAGUGGAGCUUCUUUAUCCUUUGUAUUCUUCUAUGCGAGCAAUUGAGAGCCCUUCACCACUAGAUGAUCAACAAUGGCUAACCUAUUGGGUUCUCUACUCAUUUAUAACUCUUUUUGAGUUAUCUUGCUGGAAAAUCCUCCAAUGGCUUCCAUUUUGGCCAUACAUCAAGCUUGUAUGUUGUAUGUGGUUGGUGCUACCAAUUUUCAAUGGAGCAGCUUAUAUACAUGAGAAUUUUAUAAGAAGACAUGUUAAAGUUGGGAGUCAAAUUAGCUCAACUUAUCCUGAAAAUCAAAGAAAGGCUCUUCAAAUGAUGAGCUUAGAUGCAAGAAAAGCAGUUGAGAGAUACAUAGAAAAAUAUGGACCUGAUGCCUUUGAUAAGGUCGUCAAAGCGGCGGAAAGAGAAGCAAAGAAACACUGAAGAAACGACUGAUUUCAGAAAUUUCUCUCCCCGUACCAACAACAACAGAUUGUAUAUCAAUUUAUAUUUAGAAUUUCAUAACUCUUCCAUAUAAGUGAAAUUACGAAUAUAUAAGCCUUUUUUUUUAUUAUAUAUAUUAAUAAUUUGGAGAA